CAUUCACUUGGGGAUUUAACAGCAAACUCGACAAAAAAUAAAAAAUAAAAAAACGGAUCGUUCAACCCAAAGAGUAUCUUUCCAUGGUUCCGGAUCGUUCGCGAACGACCCAUCACAAGAGCGCAGAGACUCCAAAAGACAAUAAUAAUAUUGCGCCUCAUUCCAGCGGAGAGACUGAACGGACAUACUUCAAGAAAAGUCUUUGUAGAUAUUUAACUAGAACUGAAAACCCGAAUGUUUUCUUGAACGAUAUGUUGGUUCGUUUUGCGUGUGGAGCUGUGAUGGACCGCGCCAGGAGCGGAUGAGCAUCGAGUGGUGUGGGGGUGGCCGGGGUGCAAGAGGACAUCUGGACGCUUAAGGCCUCACAGUGACAUCAGGCCAGGUGCCCCUCAUGUUUGGGGCUUCCUCCUCUGUGUUCUGGUCCCCACCAUCCCCGAUCCUUGCAGCAUCAGUGGGAUGUCCCAGGUGUGUUUCCUCUUAGCCCUGCUCAUGCUCUGCAGCUGCACCAAGCUGUCUUCUACCACAUCCCUGGAGCUUCUGAAGGAGCGGUGGAGCACCUACAAGAUUCAGUGUCUGGACUUCUUAAACACCACAUCCCCUGCUACAGGGGUGGUGUGUAACAGGACCUUCGACCAGUAUGUCUGCUGGCCUGAUGGACUACCUGGAACUACAGUCAAUGUCUCUUGCCCCUGGUUUCUGCCAUGGCAUCAUAAAGUCCAGCAGGGUUUGGUCUACAGAUUCUGCAGUAAAGAUGGACGAUGGGAACAAAAGAAUACCAGUGAAUGUGAGGACGACACUGGCCAGCAGCAGUAUGGCCGCAUCCUCAGUCAGUUUCGGAUCAUGUAUACAGUGGGAUAUUCCCUGUCUCUUGGAGCUUUGUUGCUGGCCUUGGGGAUCCUCAUCACAUUCAGGAAGCUGCACUGCAUGAGGAACAACAUCCACAUGAACUUGUUUGCCUCCUUUAUACUGAGAGCCAUCUCCAUUCUGGUCAAAGACGCCCUACUGACCCUCACACUGGACACCAGCAGCAGUGGUGACACCCGAGCUCAGACCUGGGUCAACAUACCGGCUGUGAUGUGGUGUCGGGGCGCCGUGGUGAUGAUGCAAUACACUGUGAUGGCCAACAACUAUUGGCUGCUGGUGGAGGGCAUCUACCUUCACAGCCUGCUCGUCAUCACUGUGUUUCGUGAGAAGAAGUACUUCUACAUUUACUUGGCCAUCGGUUGGGGUGCACCCCUGAUAUUUGUUUCACCGUGGAUCACAGUGAAGUAUUUGUACGAGAAUGAAGAGUGCUGGGAGAGAAAUAUUAACAUGGGAUACUGGUGGAUCAUCCGUUCUCCAAUACUGGUUGCUUACCUCAUUAAUUUUUUUAUUUUUAUACGAAUCAUCAAAAUACUAAUGUCGAAACUGAGAGCGCACCAGAUGAGAUACACGGACUACAAAUUCAGAUUAGCAAAAUCCACCCUCACUCUUAUCCCCCUGUUGGGGAUUCAUGCCAUUCUCUUCACCUUUGUCAUUGACGAGUCGGUCCCGAAAGGUUCCAUGCUGCGCCUCCUCCGGCUUUUUUGUGACCUCCUGUUGAACUCCUUUCAGGGUCUCCUCGUUGCAAUCUUGUACUGCUUUGUCAACAAAGAGGUGCAGUCAGAGAUACUAAAAAAGUGGAAGAGGUGGAAGCUGGGUAAGGACAUUGACGAGGAGUACCGCCACACCCACAGCCAGACGCCACACAUGAAAAGCGGCAGUAUCGCUACGGGUAAUCUCCCCGACCUCCACGAUAACACCAGUGACCCCAGCAGCGGCUCACAGGGCACACUUCCACAUAAAAAAGCUGAUUUAGGUCCAUCUUGCUCCGCCGCUCCUGAGGAAAACCGCCAACUUGUUGUCUCCUAUAAAAACGGGACAGGGAAAAUCCGGCCCUCGGGCAGCAAGCACGCAUUUCUUCUCUCCUUCUUGUCAAAACGAGGAACUGCCAAUCAUACCAGCACCACCACGGAGGAUAUGUGUCUGGAAGAUAGGACACAGCACCCCCAGGAAGGAGACGAAACUACUCUCUAACGCCUCCUUGAAUGUGUUGAUUGCACGCUGAUGCGACAAAACGAUGGUUUGACCCCAGAAAAAGCAAACAUAAAAAAAAAAAAAAAUUCAGACUUCCGGAUUGAAUAAAGAUGACAAUGAAAUGAAAGUCAUAUGCUGUACAGUGUGUGAGUAUUUUAAUGUUGUACUUUUACUGUUAUUUGGGUUAUGAUAGCGACACCGGAUGCACAUUUGUGGUACAGUAAACCUGGGAUAUAUCGGACUCGGAUAUAUCGGAAAUUCGCUCACAACGGACAGAUAAAAAAGAACCGAUUUUUCUGUAAUGCAUUUCCAAUAAAAAUUCAUUGCAUAUAUCGGAUUUUUUAUAACGGAUUUCGCCUAUUUCGGACAAAAUCUCCAGUCCCGUUCCAAUGCAUUUCCAUUAAAUUUCCCUGGCAUAUAUCGGAUGGCCGCAUCGUGGCGCUCCGAUUCGCCGAAUCGUGACAGGCCGCUAUACGACGUCAUUUGCAGCGUUUGCAGCGUUGCCUGCGCGUCCAGGUACAUUGGAAACAUAGUCAAGGAAGUGCCUUUUUAUAACGGAUAAAAUCCGAUUUACGCAUAUACCGGCUAUAAAUCCGAUAUAUGCGUAAAACGGACAUUUUCCAGUAUACGCAUAUAACGGAUUUCGCUUAUAUCGGACAAAACCAGUGGGAACAAUUGAAUCCGAUAUAUAUCCGAGGUUUACUGUACUUUUCAACAUAAACCUCACAGUAUCCUUGUGUCUUUUUAUGUUCUUGUAUUAUAGAACUGAAUGUGAACUACAGCAUGGCAUGUAUCACUUGAAAGCAUCUCUAACAAUCCCGAUCCCGGCGCACAAGUAUUGAAAAAAAAACAAAAAAAAAACUACCAUGAUGCCAAGCUGUGUUGAUGAAGCACUGUUGUUUUGUGUCAAAUGCGUUUAAAUGCUUUUUAACGGGGAAACUAUGAAUAUUUGUGAGUUGUCCUGACCAAUUUAUCCGUGUGCAUUAUUUUACUUUCUAUGUUUUAUAUACCAAGUUUCUCCUUUUCAUCACACGUGAAUGUAUAACGGUAAAAUGUAAAAAAUAAACAUAUUUAUUUCUGCUC